ACCCGAUUCCGCGUCAGUGCGUGACGGGACCAUCGACGGGCCCACACUCGCGAUUUACAGAGUGAGUGGCUGUUUUUUUUUUUUUUGCGUGUCCCCCCCCCACCUUUUGUUUGGGGUUUUGUGAGUGGUACGUAAUCGCUGCGGGAUUUUGCUGUUGUUGUUUGUGGAGUCAAUCAUGCUGCAGCAACACCUCCCGGGCUUUUAUUCGCCGGCGGAUUGCCAUUUCCAUCAUCAGCACCACAACCCGUAUCAUCACCAUCAUCAUCAGCCGCCGAUUGCCCGGUCACCGAUGAAGGAGAUGGAAGCAUGUCUUCUGUCUGCCGGGAAAGACAAGGCCACAGGCGAGUACCAUUCAGCAUUUGCCCAGCUGCACAGAGUCGCGGAAACCGCAGCAGACACAGAGCCGGAAGCCGACGUGUGCACUUCCGACGACGCUGCCAGCGAACCCGGCACCAUCACCGACACCACCACCACCACCACCACGAACAGCAGCACCUCCAACGCGGCGUCUUCGUCCUGCCGCCGGAAACCGCCGCCGCCGCAACCACCGCCGCCGAGACGAGGCCCGGAAAGGAAACGCGGUCUCGCGAGCCGACGACGACGGGGAUCAUCCAGUAAUACUCACGUAGACGACGAUGACGACAUGGACAAUGACGAGAAGUGCAAGGAGGAUUCGGGGACAAUGGCGGAUCAUCCGAGUCUCCCGCUACACCCGCACCUAGUCAACGUGAAUGCGAGUCUGGAGAUGAAGGCCUUGUGGGACGAGUUCAACGAGCUGGGCACAGAGAUGAUUGUCACAAAGGCUGGCAGGAUUUUGGCAAGGCUCACUGGCCAAGACUGGCCACUGGUAAAAUUGAUUGUCAAGAUGCAACAAGUUUUCUUGGCUGGUGGCAGCCAGAUGCUGGAGCUGCGCUGCUUUGGGACAUGA